GCUGCUACUCCAGAUAACACAUCAUCAUCAUCAUCAUCAUCAUCAUCAGUACCACCAACAGGCAGCUUCAAAAUAGACUUCAACAUCCGAAGAGGUUCAUCGAGAGAAAACUUGUCGCCCAUUGAUGACUCAACACCAAGAUUUGUCAAACGUGCCGAUUCAGACGGAUCUUUUGAUUUGGAAAUUACCAAUGAACAAACUUUCUACAUGGCUGAGUUGCAUAUCGGAUCAAACAAAGAUAAGAAUCAAGUACUUGUGGAUACUGGAAGUUCAGAUCUUUGGGUGAUGUCGCAUGAUCUCACCUGUAUCAGUAACUCACAAAGCGGUUCAAGCCAGAAGAAGAAGAAAAAGAGAGAUGCAAAAAAUGUAUUUGGUUAUGGAACAGGGACUGGUGUCAAGUACCCAUUUGCUGAAGAUACCAACUCGAAAAAAGAUGAUGUUGAGUCAACUAAACAAGAACAACAAACCAGAGGAAAAGAAGAAGAAGAAGAAAAAGAAGAAACUCCAUCAAAGUCGGAAAACGUUGGCGACGGUGCCAAUAAUCGUGAUAACCAAUACUACACUACAAUCUACUACACUGAAGGACCGGGCAGCACUGAUUUCCCAGCACCCGGUGGGGGAGGAGGUAUAGGUUCAGGUUCAGGUUCAGGUUCCAGUUCUGCUGGUGGAUCUGGCUCAAACACGUGUACUUCCUAUGGUUCAUUCAAUACUGAAAAUUCCGACACAUUCAAACGUAACGACACCGAUUCAUUUGUAAUUCAAUACGCUGAUAAAACUUCUGCUCAAGGUAUCUGGGGCUACGACACGGUUAGAAUGGGAAACAUCUCAGUUCCCAAUUUGAGUUUUGCCAUUGCCAAUCAAACCUCAAGUGAUAUCGGAGUCUUGGGUAUUGGCUUACCUGGGUUGGAAACAACCACUCAGUACGGAUACAUGUAUGAAAACUUGCCACUCAAGAUGAAAUCAGAUGGUGUUAUCAAACGUGUCUUGUUUUCAUUGUACUUGGAUACAGCAAAUGCUCAAAGUGGGUCGGUUUUAUUUGGUGCUAUUGAUCAUGCCAAGUAUGAGGGCAGUUUGGAAACCCUUCCCAUGUUGAAAACAUAUAGGCAAAUUGAUUAUCCAGUUAGAUUCGAAGUUGAAGUCAGCAAUAUCACAUUGAAUAACAACGCGGGUGUUACUGCAAACGUGGCCACCGAUUCAGUGGGUGCCGUAUUGGAUUCAGGCUCAACAUUGUCUUACUUGCACUCAGACCAAAUCCAAGCUGUUGGUGAAGCCCUUCAUGGUGAAUACUCCAGCAAUGCUGGCGCAUACCUUGUUGAUUGCAGGUUUUUGCAAACAAACUCAACGUUGGAUAUUCAAUUCGGUGGCAAGACCAUUAAAGUACCGGUAUCUGAUUUGGUUUUGCAAGCAGGUAGAGAUACUUGUUACCUUGGUCUUUUCGAACAAUCAUCAAGCUCUCCAUACAUUUUGUUUGGUGAUAAUGUCUUGAGAAGCGCUUACGUUGUUUAUGACAUUGAGCAAUAUGAGAUUCACAUUGGUCAAGUUUAUUACACUAAUGAAGAAGAUAUCGAAGUCAUUGAUGGAGAAGUAACUACCGGAGGAGGCCAAAACUCAACACGAGUAGGUAGCGGAAGCAGCGGGUCAAGCUCAUCUUCGUCUUCUUCAUCCUCGGGUAACAAGAAUGGAGCAUUUUCGGUAUUCAACUUGUCAUGGUCUUCUGUGGUUGCUGGGUUGUUGAUUUCCAUUGGAGCUACGUUGUAA